AUGAAUAAUGCUGCAGCCAUAACUAUCACGAAGGCUGAACAAAAUAAUAUUAAAGCAAUUAUAGGGACCUCAUACAAUAAACUUUACAGUCAGUUUCAAUCCGAUGAACUAUGUGAUGUAGGUAAUUAUAAAAUUCUUAACCAAAUUGGUGAAGGUAGUUUUGGGAAAGUUUAUCUAGCUUGUCACAAACUUACACAUCAUAAGGUGGUCUUGAAGACAAGUGAUAAGAAAGAUCCUAACAUAGUAAGAGAGGUAUUCUACCAUAGACAAUUCAAUUAUCCACAUAUUACCAAGUUAUAUGAAGUAAUAGUAACAGAGACAAAAGUUUGGAUGGUAUUGGAAUAUUGUUCUGGGAAAGAACUUUACGAUCAUUUAUUGAAAAUGAAAAGAAUACCUAUAAACCAAUGUAUUGAAUUAUUCUCACAGAUAUGUGGAGCUGUCUAUUAUGCACACUCCCUAAAUUGUGUUCACAGAGAUUUAAAACUAGAAAAUAUAUUACUUGAUAAAGAAGGGAAAGCUAAAUUAACAGAUUUUGGUUUUACUAGGGAAUGUAUGACGAAAUCCUUACUAGAAACUGUAUGCGGGACAACAGUAUAUAUGGCACCCGAAUUAACAGAACGGAAGAUGUAUGAUGGUUUUAAGAUUGAUAUAUGGGCCUUAGGAGUUAUAUUAUACACAAUGAUGACUGGUUCUAUGCCAUUCGAUGAGGAAGAUCAAGUUAAAAUAAAAUGGAAAAUAGUUAAUGCUACACCAGAUUACAAUAGUUCUGUUAUUACAGAGGAUGCAAAAGACUUAUUAACAAAGCUAUUGUCUAAGGAUCCUAUCAAUAGACCCACCAUGAAAGAAAUUUUAGAACAUCCAUUCUUACGUCCGUAUGGUUCUACUAUCUUAAAAGAGACAGAUGCAAUUAUAUUAAAACAAAGAGACGGUACAUCAAGAUUUCAUAGUAAAAAAGAGAGGAGAUUAUUGAAGAUGCUACGGCGAAGUGGAUUUGAUGUCCAUGCGAUUAAGAAUUCUGUGAUAAAAAGAAAAUGUGACAAUUUAUCUGGGUUAUGGUUCCUUCUAUUAGACCAGCAAAAUAAGAAUGAGCAUUCACUUAGACCAAGAAGAAAUAAAUCUGUUUUGUCUGUUAGAAAUGUAUUUGAUGGCCCAAAGACGUCCCAUGAGACUGAAAACAGUGAAGGAAUCAUCAGAACCUCUUUGGAAUUAACAAAGGUUGCAUCUAUAGGUAAGAUGAUAAAUAAAACCGCGGAUACUAUAUCUUUAUCACCUAUCAUACAACAUGUAAGUCACAACAAAAAUGAUCCGACUGAUAAUGGAGCUUCGAAGACACUGAUGGAUGGCCCUGUAAAUAAAACAAACAACAUACGUAUUUCUUCUAUGCCGGUGAUGAGAGAAAACUCUAUGAGGAAGAAUAAUAAUAUAUUUAAGAAAUUUUCGGAUUUCUUUAAACAGAAAAAGUACUUAAAUAGUCAGAAUGGAUUGACUGAUGAGUUUGUAGGUACAGAUAAUCAUUCAACUGAUGGGGGCUCCGUCACACAACACUCUCAGUCAACUAGUAUUUUUAAGAAAACAAAUGGUGAUAAGGGGGAUUUGGAAAAUAAAAGGAAAUCACAAUCUAUGAGGCCUAAAAGUAAAACAGCAGCAGAACUCAAGGCUACAAAGAAGGUUGAAACCCCUAGAGGCAAGGGUACCACAAGAGCCUCAUUCCCAAGUGAACUAAAUUCCACCAGCUACGAACAAUCAGUAGUGAAACGUUUUAAAUCAACCACGUCUAGUGACACAUCCAGACAAGCCUCUUUACUUAAUUAUGAUGGAGAUUCUUUGCGAGUUAUACGUUCAUCAUAUUCAGAUCUUAAAGUUUCACCUAAACUAUCCGAAGUAAGACCAUUGUCUAAUGUUUCCCAGUUUUCUAAUGAUACAAAUACAUCAGAUUAUUCUACAGAUGGAAACACAACUUUCCAGAACAGUUUUGACAGUUCUGCUAAACCAACACUAAAACAUGGGAAUUCACAAUAUUCUCUGAAUUCAAACCCCGAUCUUAUGGUAAAACCACCUUCAUCAAGAAAAUAUUUGAGGCGAAACUUAAGCGUCCGGUCCGAAGCAUCUAGUGCCUCUGAAAGAAGUUCAAGGACGGACUCAUUUUACGAUAUAACAACAACUACAACUCAGAUAAAACCGUUCUCGCGGAAUAAAGAUGGAGGGAAUCCAAAGGAUUCUGUUCUACCACAUUUUUCUGUUCAAAAGAGUAAUGGAACAUGGCCUUCACCAAAUAGCAAUAAGUAUAUGUUACCCAGAAGAAGCUCACUUGGUAGAAGAAGACGGAGCAAAAAACCAAGUUUCCUAAAUAAUUCACAACCGGGAACUGAUGAUAUUAUUAGAGAGGAAUCUUCUUCUGUGGAUGAUGACUCCGAUAUCCAGCAAGGAAAUUUCACCUCAAACAUUCAAAGUAAUAUAUUAGAAAAGCCAGAUGACAUUAUUGUUGAAGCUAGUGAUAAUGACGGUAUUUCUCUUCCAAAUACGCAAAUGGUAGGACAAAGUCACAGCUUCACAAAAACUUCUAAUCCUGAACUAUCUCGACGAGACGUUAGUGGAGGAAGUCAGUGGUCCGCAUUCAAUAAUGACUCAAAAUCAUUCAUUACAGGUACGGAAGAUGAAGGUUCCAUUGAAAAUGCUGAUAAUGAAGAAAGCGAAUAUCAUGAGGACCCGGAAGAUCAUGAGGACCCUGAAGAUUAG